AUGCCCAUGACAGACGAAAAUUAUGACAUCGCUGUCAACCUUCUGAAGAAAAGAUUUGGCAAACAGGAAGUAAUACAGCAGGCCCACAUUAGCCACCUCCUGGGGCUCCACCCUGUUUACAACGACAAAGCCGUCAGCCGAUUGCGCAAUCUGCACGACGAAAUCAAGACACAUUAUCGCGGGCUCGAGGCUCUUGGUGUCAACAAUUCCUCGUUUUCUGCAAUUGUCGUGCCAACGCUUCUUGAAAAGGUACCGGAAAAUAUCAGGGGUCAGAUGAUUAGGAGUUCGGACAAAAAUUAUUUGAAGUUGACGAUAGAUGAAUUACUAUGUGCCUUUGAAAAAGAAAUCUCGAUAAAAGAGUGCCAAAUGCCUCUGGGAAGUUUGGGGGGCGGAAAAGAUUUGACAAGCCGAGCCAAUAACAACAACAUUAGGCCCAGAAGCAACUUCAACAAGGAGGGAACUGUCUCGUCGCUACUGGUUGGUGAAAAGGCAAACAGUUGUGUUUUCUGUAUGAGAGACCAUGCUUCUGAAACAUGCACCAAUGUUUUGGGAGCGGAAAACCGGAAGAAUGUGCUAAGAAGAUGUGGUGAAUGUGCCUAUGGUAUCUUUUGA